AUGAAAGCCUCUCCUCUUUUCAUCAUCCUCACCACCGCGGCCUUUGCCAUGGCCAAACCGGCUUCCUUUGUCCAGCCCCGCCAAGAUGAUGCCGAGGCUAUCGUCAAUAAAGUUCUCGCUGAUGCUCGCGCGAAAUCGGCUGCGCGUAUCAAGGAGGAGACUGGAGAGGGCCGGCGUCUCACCGAAUGCGGGACACUUUGCUCCCAGUGCCGCAAUGGCGCCAUCACCACUGCUCUGGGUGAGGUUGCUCUCUGCGGCACGACGGCUCUGGCUCUUGAGGUUGCCUCAGCCGGCACGACCACUAUCCUCGAGGUAGCUGGCUUCCUCGCCUGCGAGACGAUCGUGAUCGGGAACCUCAAUGAGUCGGAGGCCAACUGUGCCGCUCUAGGUCCCUAG